CAGAACUUUGACGCUGUCGCUCUUUUUGGUUCUCUUUGAGCUUUUUGAGCGAGGAUGGAGGAACUCUCUCAGCUUUUUGGAACCAUGGGGCGAGAACGCUCCGACACCCACUCCACACAGUCGACGGGCACCAAACUCGCCCUUCGCCAUCGGCUCAACCAGCUGAUGACGUGCGUUGAUGACUUGGACCCCAGGCACGGGCUGCAUGACAAAAUGGUCCAGGCACUGGAUAACGCCUUCCUCGUCUGCGGCAAGAGAGCCAACAAGCCGAAAAAAGACAGAUUCAGGCUUCAUAUGGUGACGUGGAACGUGGCCACAGCCGAUCCCCCGGAUGACCUGACCUCGCUUCUCCAUCUGAACUCCCCAAAGAGCCCAGACCUCUACGUCAUCGGUCUGCAGGAGGUUUACUCAGGACCGGUGAGAUUAAUGACUGACGCGUUAUUUGACGACCCGUGGAGUCAACUGUUUAUGUCCACGCUGGCACCACUGAAUUACGUGAAGGUUUCAUCCAUCCGAAUGCAAGGUCUGCUGCUGCUCUUCUUCUCCAAACUGGAGCACGUUCCCUUCAUCCGAGACAUCCGGGCAACGUACACACGCACCGGCAUUCUGGGUUACUGGGGUAACAAAGGUGGCGUGUCUGUGCGUCUGUCUUUCUACGGCCACACGAUCUGUUUCCUCAACUGUCACCUGGCUGCUCACAUGAAAUACGCCACAGAGAGAGUGGACGAGUUUGAGCACAUCAUCAGCACGCAGACCUUUGACUGUAAAAAGGCUCAGACAGUCCUGGACCACAGGCUGGUGUUCUGGUUCGGGGAUCUCAACUUCCGGAUCCAGGACCACGGCAUGCACUUUGUCCGCACCUGUAUCAGCGACGAAAAGUACAACCUCCUCUGGAGCAAAGACCAGUUGACCAUGUUGAAGAAAAAAGAGGAGAUGCUCCAGGAGUUUGAAGAAGGACCUCUGGAUUUUCAACCCACGUACAAGUUUGACAGAAACACGGAUAUCUACGACAGCAGGCGCUACAGGACAUGGUUUGGCUUUAACGGUAAGAAGCGUAAGCCUGCGUGGACCGACAGGAUCCUGUGGCGCCUGCGACCUGUAGCCCCACCCCCCGAGGAGCAGGAUGAAAGCGAUGUUGGGCUGGAUGUGAGGGAGCUCAGGCAGCUGGAGGAGGACGAGGAGUACCCCCUGAAAGUCAGACAGGAGUUCUACACCAGCAUAAUGGAGUACAGCGUCAGCGACCACAAGCCUGUCAUCGGCAUCUUCACUUUGGUGCUGAGGAAGAUUCAAACGACUCCUCUGGUGCGACUGCAGCCAGAGGGCGACUGGAGUGCCGACAUUGAUUCGAUGGUUCUCUACAGCCCUCUGCAGCCUUUCCCUUCCAGCACGUGGGACUGGAUCGGACUCUAUAAGGUUGGAUUCACCAGUGUGUCAGAUUACAUCACCUACACGUGGGUGAAAGACGACGAAGUGGCGUUUAAUGAAGAAGUCAUACAGGUUUAUGUGGACAAAGAGGAAAUCCCCGUGCAGGGAGGAGAGUGCGUGCUUUGUUAUUUCUGCAGCACUCUGCAGAGCAUCAUUGGAGUCAGCGAACCAUUCAAGGUCAACGAGUCCAAGGUGGCCAUCGAGGAAGGCUUGCUGCCCGAGAAGAUCAACGGACUUGACCAAACGGUAGCGAGAGAAGAAGUUUGGAACUGAUCCACCAGAACUCACAGGUGUGCCAGGAGGUGGAAAAGGACCUGGACUCUCAGAACCACAACAAGGCUUUUGAAUUAAUGUCUUUCCCGCUGUAAAAGCAGCCAUGGACUCGCUGCCUUCACACGCCAUUACUCAUCCACGCCCACUUCUCUAACGGAGUGGCUCAAAGUUACUAAGGAUGUUUUCACACAUGCAGUAAAACCCUGAGAAUUUGUAGAACAUUUCAGGACAGUCUGUCCCUGAAGUCUUCCCCAGUUCUCCCUCCCGACCAUAUAAUGAUAGUUUUAUUCUUUUAUAUUAAAGAUAGUCAGCAGCUUCUUCCUUCAAAGUAAAAUAGAGCAGCUUUGUCCUUCAAAAUAAAUUAGAGCAGCUUCUUCCUUUAAAUUAAAAUAGAGCAGCUUCUUCCUUCAAAAUAAAAUAGAGCAGCUGCUUCCUUUAAAAUUAAGUAAUAAAGUAAAGCUGCUCCAUCGUC